AUGAAUGAGUUAUGCUCACCAUGGCCAUCACUGGCAGCAACUCUUGCUUUCUUGGUCGCAAUUAUCUUAUCAUCAACCACCACAUUUUGGCUCUUGCUCGUCAAGAGAGCGAGACAGGUCCGGAAGCCAGGCCAGCAGUUACUGCCUGAGCCUUGGGGUCUGCCGAUCGUCGGGUACCUCCCCUUCCUAGGCUCGAACCUCCACCAAGUUUUCAUGGAGUUGGCCCGAAUCUACGGCCCGAUAUAUAAGAUAACCCUCGGGACCAGACUCUAUGUCAUCAUAAACUCACCAUCUCUAGUCAAAGAAGUGGUUCGUGACCACGACAUAGUGUUCGCCAACCGGAACCCUAACAUUGCCGCACUGGCCUUCUCAUAUGGCGGGAACGAUAUAGCCUUCUCCCCGUACGGGCCCAAGUGGAGGAAGCUACGGAGACUAUUUGUCCGAGAGAUGCAGAGUAGUGCCAACCUUGAUGCAUUUUACGAUCUCCGGAGGAAUGAAGUCUGGAAGAGCAUCGAGGAUGUCUGUGGAAAGUCUGGCACGCCCAUCGAUGUUGGGGAGCUGGCAUUCGUGACGGUUGUGAACAUGAUAUCGGGAAUGUUCUGGGGCAGGACCCUAAAGGGAGGGCGGGCAGUCAGGCUCGGUGGAGAGUUUCGAUCGGCUGCAUUCAGGCUAACCAAGGUCCUAGGGAGACCGAACGUGUCGGACUUCUUUCCUUUCCUAGCGAGUUUCGACCUGCAAGGGGUGGAGAGGGACAUGAAGGAGGUCACCUCUUGGCUGGGACGGAUCUUUGACUUCGUUAUCACUCGGUGCGAGGAGGUAAAUAAUGAAGGGAAAGAAAAGAACACGUGCGAUGAUCGGACAAAAAGGGAUUUCUUGCAAUUCCUUAUGGAGUACGAGGACGAGGAUGAGGAGAACUGUGGGAGAUCCAUCUCUAAGGAUCAAAUUAAGGCUCUUCUCAUGGACAUUGUGGUGGGUGGCACCGACACGACCUCGACAACAGUGGAAUGGACAAUGACAGAGAUUCUGCUCAACCCGCAGGUCCUCCGACGGAUCCACGAGGAACUGAACGAUGUCGUAGGCAGCACCAACACCGUCGAGGAGAGCCACAUCAGCCGUCUCCCUUACCUCCAUGCGGUCGUGAAAGAAACCAUGAGACUGCACCCGGUUGCCCCGCUGCUACUGCCCCGGAGCCCGACCCAGUCCUGCACCGUGGGCGGGUUCACUGUCCCGCAGGGCUGCAAGGUCUUCCUGAACGCCUGGGCAGUGCACCGCGACCCGCAGUACUGGGACGACCCGUCAGAGUUCCGGCCAGAAAGGUUCCUGACUGAGGGGAAAUAUGGGAAACUGAGCUACUCCGGGGACGCUAUGUAUUACCUGCCAUUUGGGUCCGGCCGAAGGAUAUGCGCUGGGCUGCAGCUAGGGGAGCGGAUGCUGAUGUACGUGCUUGCGACGCUCCUGCACGUGUUCGACUGGGAAGUGCCGGAGGGCGUGGAGCUAGACUCGAGAGAGAAGUUUGGGGUUGUGUUGGAGAAGGCCACUCCGCUCGUAGCUAUUCCGACUCCAAGGUCACCAGCUAGAAGAAUCCCAUAAUCCAAUGCAGUUUUAAUAAUAAUAAUAAAAAAGAGGCUCGUUUAGAUUGUUUAGUUGAAAUGGUUCGCUACUUAUUUCAAGUGAGGUUUUUAGUUCGAGUCUUGUACCCUUAGUGAGUCGACAUGAUUUGAACUUAAUUAAUCAGGAGUGAUUAGAUUUCUGAAUAUCAUAAUGCAUGGCGAAAAAAUUUGAGUGUUGAAUAUAAUAAAGUGUUUAAUGAAAUAAGCAAAUCUUUGGCGAAAGAAAGCAUCUUA